AUGCGCAGGGGAAACAUCGAAAUGCAUCUACCCCGAGAGUGCUUACCUUUGGGAUACUUGAACCAAUUGGAAGAGAGACUGGCGGAGACCGAGUCAGCCCUCUACGGGGCUUUGAUGACCGUUCGUUCAAUGGGACAACCAACAGCAGUCCAGACCCUAGCAAAGACGGAUACUAGCCCCAAAAACAAGGCAGCUCGCAUGGAAGAGUGGUCUCAGCUGCCCCUUCGAGAAUGGCCUGAUAUGGAGCGUUGGCUGGCGGUCAUGUCGGACCGGUUUACCAUUGAGCAGCCAAGUGACGUGGUUUCAAACACAUCGGGACGUGGCUACGCGGUGAAUCCUAUGACUCCUACUCAUAAUCAAUCGCAGAGCUUGGGAGAUCAACCUCAUUCUGUAUUAGUCUCACAUGCAUGGCAACAUAGGGACAACGGGGUCAGUUCGGGAAGUGCAUACGAUGCUCAUCAGCCCCACCCCGGAGUGAUGGCUUCACCGGCUUAUUUUAGACACCAAGCCGCGGUGGAACCCGACCCCGUGCCGUCUCCAGGUAGUUCUCGAGACGGAAUAACUGGCAUCGGGGAUGCUGUCGGUGUUUCGGAUGCAAGAGCUGGGGUGGAGACGGGGCGGUCGAGCAAAGCUGAGGAGCUGUCACACAAUAACCCGAGCCUUUACUUUUAA